UUAGCCUAAAUGCUGUGUAUUAUCCUAAGAACAGAGUCUCAAAUGAGUAAUCACAUCUUUGUGGAUUUGACAUUCAAAACACCAGAGGAUGAGCUCUUUCAUCCGUAGGUUUUAAGACAUAAUUAUGAAAGGCCCCAGGCAGUACAGGAAGAUAAUUUUAUUCUGUUGCUUUGAAUCUAGUUCAUAAGAAAAUGAUUCUAUGCAGGUGUUUCUUGCUAUCUGCUGCUACUGAAAUCUGCUUUUCUUGUGUAGAUCACUGGUACAGAUGAGGAAAUUAGUAAUCCAUCCUUUUUAGAUCUGGUGAGAACUCCCCAAAUGAGGAAGUGCACACUUAUACUUAUGUUUGCUUGGUUCACAAGUGCAGUGGUCUAUCAAGGACUUGUCAUGCGUCUGGGAAUUGUGGGAGGCAACCUGCACUUAGACUUCCUCAUCUCAGGACUCGUGGAGCUGCCUGGAGCCCUUUUGAUCCUAUUAAGCAUUGAGCGCCUUGGACGCCGCCUCCCUUUUGCAGCAAGCAAUAUAGUGGCUGGGGUGGCAUGUCUGGUCACCGCGUUCUUACCAGAAGGGUUACCAUGGCUGAGGACCACAGUUGCUACCCUGGGAAGACUAGGGAUAACCAUGGCCUUUGAAAUUGUUUAUUUGGUAAAUUCUGAAUUGUACCCAACAACGUUACGAAACUUUGGAGUUUCACUGUGCUCAGCCUUGUGUGAUUUUGGGGGAAUCAUAGCACCAUUUUUGCUCUUUCGACUGGCUGCCGUGUGGCUGGAACUACCUCUGAUCAUCUUUGGUGUCCUGGCUUCUGUCUGUGGUGGUCUCGUGAUGCUUUUACCUGAAACCAAAGGUAUCGCCUUGCCAGAGACAGUGGACGAUGUAGAAAAACUUGGCAGGUAUGUUAUUCCCAACACCAUCUUUGUAAGCAGUGCCUACCAAGUGAUGGAGGUGGGGUGUGAGAAGAACCUGCCUCUCAUCCUGCCCUCAGCCAUGGGGAAGACCAGGGCUCCAGAGCUGCCCUGUGUCACCCUGUGCCUAAUAGAGUAG